UGAUCAUCGGCCUUCUUCAAGCCGAAUUGCUCAACGCACCACUUGUAAACACACAAAGUCGUCAAAAUGGUCAAGAUCUUCGCCAUCGUCACCGCCGCCAUUGCCCUCGUGGGCCAGAUCGCCGCGCAGGACCCUCCGGUUGGCCCAACUUGCACCCCGGGCCAGAUCUACUGUGGAUUCCGACUCCUCGACGGUGUUUCCGGCCCAUUCUGGCGCCCGCGUAUUGAGGCUCUCCGCCCUCCCGUCCAGAAUCCCUCCGACUCUACCUUCCGUUGCGUUACGCCGACCACUGUCGAGUUUGUCCAGCUGUGCACUGCUCUACCUGGCCAGCGGUACCAGCCCAACAGCAACGAUGCAUGCACCGGCCCGUUUGACGACUGCUGUGGUCCCGCCUAGGAAGGUAGCAAAGUACCCAAAAGGCAGGAGUAGCUGCAGAAAGUUGAACAUGGAGUUCAUAUCGGAAACAUAUUAGACUUACAGGGGAUAACCCCAUAAAGCAGAAUUUUAUCACUAUGUAGUUGCAGUGUGUCUUUACUUUUAGUCAUUUUUUUAGACUUGCCUUAAAUAAAAUCAAAGCUGGCCAGCAA